AUGAGAAGCAUUAAAUCAGUAGUUGUUGGGGAUGGUGGAGUAGGUAAAACAUGCUUAUUAAUCUCAUAUACAACUAACACAUUUCCAAGUGACUAUAUUCCAACAGUGUUUGAUAACUAUUCUGCGUCUAUUAUGAUAGACGGGGAACCUAUCAAGCUAGGUCUAUGGGAUACUGCAGGACAAGCCGAAUACGACAGACUAAGACCGUUAUCUUAUCCUCAAACUGAAAUCUUUUUAUGUUGCUUUUCAGUUGUUAAUCCAGACUCAUUUGCUAAUGUCAAGGCAAAAUGGAUACCUGAAAUAAUGCAUCAUUCUCCGAAAGAUGUUUUGAUUAUACUAAUAGGAACGAAAAUUGACUUAAGAGAAGAUCCUGCGGCAGCAGAAGAAUUAGCUCAGCAGCACAUUAAGCCAAUAACUACUCAACAAGGCAAUAAGUUAGCAAAAGAAAUUGGAGCUUUAAAAUAUAUGGAAUGUUCAGCUUGCACUCAAGUUGGGGUGAAAGAAAUAUUCGACUACGCAAUUAGGUCUGUUUUAAAUCCUCCCAAAAGUAAUGAUUAUGUCGUUAAGAACGAGAAGCCGAAAAGCGGUCCUUCGGGAACCCCUACAGCUGGUGUAUCGCCUGUAAAGAAAAAAGUUAAAAGAGCUAAAAAAUGUACUAUCUUAUAG